AUGGCUACCAUCGCACUCAACAGCGGCGACAAGAAGAAAUGGCGCAAGACGGCCGUCUGCGUCAAGUCUCCCUGGACUCGCGGCACCUUCAACAAGGGAGACGUCGUCUCUCUCCCGUACCACGUCGCCAACAUGAACCCAGAGCGUAAAGAGGACGAUCCCGGUCUCCAUCUGAGCGAAUUCGGACCCGUUCUCUCGAAACGUCGUAUGGUCAUCAUCCUCUUCAAGUACAAGGACAUCAUGUUCUGCGUUCCCCUGUACUCGUUCACCGGCCGAGACAUCGAGUCGAGACAUCCGGAAGUCAUCGAGCAGUACAUCCAGCUCAUCAACAUGUACGAUGACAUGAGCAAGUUCGCGGGCAAAGGCAAGUACGAGCCGAUUAAGUUCAGGCACGUUCAUAGAGGGCAAGGCCUCAAUGAAUGCACCACCGUCCACAUCACCGGAGGCAAGACGGUUUCCUGGCAGGAAGACAUCGAAUUGGUCGGCCGUUUGACCAAGCCCAGCUAUACACGGCUGAUGAAGCUGUGGCGCGAUUUCAACGACGUAGCUGACGACGAGGAGUGUUCAUGGCCAUCUUAG